CAAUCAUGGAAGUGAACAAGGAUGAAGCAAAGCGCUGUAUCGAGAUGGCAACUGCUGCCCUAAAAAUGGGCAAUCUGGAAAAAGCGGAAAGAUUGUUGAAAAAAUCACAAUCCCUCUACCCUUUGGCUCAGGCAGAGGAACUGCUAAAACGGGUAAAGGCGGCCGGAUCGAAGCCAAGCUCAGGAAACAGCACGUCCGGAACGGCGUCGGGAGGGACAGCGAAUGGUGCAGCUUCCGCUCGCAGACGUCCAGUUAACCGUGAGGGUGAAAAGCCAGCCGAACCGAAGCUAAAUAUCGAUUACACCCAGGAGCAAGCGAAUGCUGUCAAACGCGUCCAGAAGUGUAAGGACUUUUACGAAGUGUUGGGCGUAUCGCAGGAAGCAACCGAUUCGGAGAUAAAGAAAUGCUAUAAGAAGCAUGCUCUACAGUUGCAUCCGGACAAAAACAAAGCACCGGGCGCAAUGGAAGCAUUCAAAUCGCUCGGUAACGCGGUAGAAACGCUAACUGAUCCGCAGAAACGGAAAGCGUACGAUCUGUACCGUACGACUGGAGGAUCUGGAGGAUUUGGCGGAUCACCGGGCACACGGACGCGAACACCGAACGGAGGCUACACGUACGGUCAGAAUGGAUUUAACUUCCAGACCGCUUUUGACGAGGGUAUUAAUACGAACGAUCUGUUCAACAUGUUCUUCGGUGGUGGAUUCCCGCAACAGCAGCAACAGCAUCAGCAACAUCACUACUACCGAACGCGUACCGGACGUACCUCGCAGUACGACGAUCGAAACGUUAGCCAGCCGAGUCUCAUCUUUCAGCUGAUUCUGUGCUUUAUCGUUGUAUCGCUACUGUCGACAUUCUUCGCAUCGGAUCCAGUAUACAGUCUGCAGCAAACGGGAAAGUUUUCUGUCGAGCGACGUACCCUCAACCUGAAGAUACCGUACUACGUGAAGAACAACUUCCUGAACGAAUACCAGGGCACGCUGGGUCGGCUCGAGCAUUCGGUGGAGGAGGAGUACGUGACGUACAUGAAGCGAGCCUGCAGCAAUGAGCGGACGUAUCGGGAUGCAAUGAUUGGGCGUGCGAAGAGCUUUGGCAGCCGGGCACAGUAUCAGCAGGCACAGCAGCUUAAGGUGCCGUCGUGUGAUGCACUGUACCGAUUGAAUAUCGGCGUGGUACAGUACUAG